AUGGUUAAAGUUACAGUUUGUGGAGCAGCAGGAGGCAUUGGACAGCCAUUGUCGUUAUUAUUAAAAUUAAAUCAGCAGGUGAGCGAAUUAUCAUUAUAUGAUGUGGUUAACGCAAAUGGGGUUGCAGCCGAUUUAUCACACAUCUGUAGUCCAGCUAAAGUUACAGGAUAUCAACCUAGCAGCAAAGAAGAUAAGGACACGAUUCACAAGGCGUUGGUAAAUUCAGAUUUGGUGGUGAUUCCAGCAGGAGUUCCUAGAAAGCCGGGAAUGACCCGUGGGGACUUGUUCAAUAUCAAUGCGUCUAUCAUUAGGGAUAUUGUUGCAAGCAUUGGUAAGGCAUGCCCUAAGGCUGCGAUAUUGAUUAUUUCGAACCCUGUGAACUCGACUGUUCCAAUUGCGGCUGAAGUGUUGAAGAAAUUGGGUGUAUUCAACCCAAAAAAGCUCUUUGGGGUCACAACGUUGGAUUCAGUGAGAGCCGAAACAUUUUUGGGCGAAUUAAUCAAGGAAACUCCAUCCUCGUUGAAGGGUCAGAUUUCCGUGAUUGGGGGUCAUUCGGGUGACACUAUUGUGCCCUUGGUCCAUGCUACAGCACUGGUUGCGAAGAAAGUAUCGGGUCUCUCCAAGAGCCAGUACGACGAAUUUAUCCACAGAGUCCAAUUUGGUGGUGACGAGGUUGUUAAAGCUAAGAACGGUGCUGGUUCGGCCACCUUAUCCAUGGCAUAUGCUGGUUAUAGGUUCGCAGAGAAGGUCAUUGGGUCGUUGAACGGUCAAUCUGAAAAUUCAGAAAUCCCUGAUUCAUCUUAUAUCUACUUACCAGGUGUUCCAAAUGGAAAGGAAUUAUCACAAAAGCACUUGAAGAAUGCCGAAUUCUUCUCUGUUCCAGUUAUCCUUGAAAAUGGACAAAUCAAAUCUUUCGUGAAUCCAUUCGAUAAGUUGAAUGUUUCGUCUGAAGAAUCUAAGCUAGUUGAUGUCGCGUUAGAUGGCUUGCAGAAAUCUAUCGAUCAAGGUACUAGCUUCGUGACUGGUUCCAAAUUAUAA